AUGGUGCGAAGCACAAUGCCAUCUUUAUGGAACAACGUCUGGCAAAAUCAAAAAAGAACAAAGAGCUUCUGGGACCAGAGUGCAACCUUCAAGGACAUGAAAACAUCAGUUGGAGUCAGCAUAUCUAGAACGGUCCACAUGGACUCAGACAUGCUCUUUCGAAGAUUACUGGCUGUCUCCAAACAAAGAGAGGUGUCCAUGGAGACUGUGAUGUCUCACGAACUCGCAGCUGUCCCACCCUCUUUGUUUUUUGAUGAUGGAAGCAUGAAGAAGACAACAAAAGCUGACCUGGCCAAGAAACUCGAUGCUGUUGUUGAAGAGACACAGCAGCUGCCAAAUGUUAAAGAACCAUCAGCAUAUAUCAUUGAUGCCAUGGAUAUUCUUCAAAGUCUCAAUGAUUCAGCUUUUCAAACGUUCAAUGACCUGGACCGGCAAAUCCGUGGCCAGAACAGCAGAGAAUAUGAACGUUUGCACAAAUAUGAUGAAGAAGAAUAUCGCCGGAAGAGAGAGAUUACUGUCAGAUGCUCCGGCUGUCCAAAGCCCGUCACCAACUUCCAUCAAGCUCAGUUUCCUCAAUAUGUGAUGGAUGUGCUGCUGCAACAGAACUUUAAGGAGCCCACUGCUAUCCAGGCUCAAGGUUUUCCUUUAGCUCUCAGCGGCAGGGACAUGGUGGGCAUCGCUCAGACUGGCUCUGGAAAAACACUGGCUUAUCUGCUGCCUGCCAUAGUGCAUAUUAACCUUCAGCCCUACUUGGAGAGAGGGGAUGAGCCCAUUUGUCUUGUGUUGGCACCAACGCAUGAAUUAGCCCAGCAGGUGCAGCAAGUGGCUUAUGACUAUGGCAAAUCAUCUCGGAUCAAAAGUACCUGUGUGUAUGGAGGAGCCCCUAAGGGUCCACAGCCUGACAAACAGACUCUCAUGUGGAGUGCUACAUGGCCUAAAGAGGUUUGUCAGCUGGCUGAAGAUUUCCUCCAUGACUAUGUCCAAAUCAAUAUAGGAGCUCUAGAAUUGAGUGCAAACCACAACAUCCUGCAGAUAGUGGAUGUCUGCAUGGAGAAUGAGAAAGACAACAAGCUGAUUCAGCUGAUGGAGGAAAUCAUGGCUGAAAAGGAGAGCAAAACCAUCAUCUUUGUUGAGACAAAGAAACGUUGUGAGAAGAGAUUGCUCUGCUAA